GUGAAUCAACCACCAUUGAGAAAUCAUCUGUAACUAGGCCACACCAAUUUAAUUCUUGGUGAUCAGAUUUUCAGAAAAAUAAUAGGAAUAUCAGCACACACACAAAAAAAAAUUGUGAAUGUAGUCCAGGCCCAGUCAGUUUAUCACCGAAAACCUCAGAUUUCAUGGUGACGUUUUACUGAAACUUCAGUUAGAAAUAAAUGUCUGACAACCAUGGAAAUGCGUUGGUGUGGCCUGAGCCUCCCCCAGCAGUUUACUAGCGCCACUUAUCCUUUGGCACAGUUCAAGUUGGGUGCUACAAUCAGGUGAAAUUUCGUUAGAGGGUGCAAUCCCUACUGCUAAGUACUGUUAGCUGCUCGGACAGGCAGAACCUGUAUGUAAAUAAACAUGAACCAAACGUUCCACCUGUGAAAUGGUCUUCUUGUUCAUGACUGGGCGAUUUUUUAGCACGUGAACCAGGUCUUUGGUACCCCUAUUCUUUCAUUUUGAAGCUUCACAGGAUUUAAGACAUGCGGAGAUAAUAGACACACUUAGUCUAGUAAGUAGUGAUUCUUUUAAGUCCUAUAAAACGUUCAGGAGAGUUCCUGACGCCCGCGGGCAAUUGAUUAAAUCUUCCCCUCAAAGCUUUCUACACUUGUGUCCAAAGCUCUUAACACCGAACACUACAACCCCAAAUCUGACUUGCAAAAGAGAACAACCAUUGUUAGUCAGUAAAAGCCCCCUGGGGAAAAUAUUUGGGGUAUAUCCAAAAAAUAAAUCUCACAUGACUUGGCACAAAGGGCCAGACAUCUUGUUCCUGUUUUAGAUUCACAUGAAACUUCCGGGUCAGCAGUUCCCUUUCAGUCCCGUCGUGGCUGCCCGUUUUAGGCGAACCUGACACCAGAUCUCCGGUCCGUCAUGGGGAAGGUACUGGGGAAGUCCCGCGGCGAAGACAUAACAUCCACCACCGACGACACGCCCGUCCCCGGUAGCGUGUAUGUGGAUGAGGACAAAAUGAAGGUUACCUUCAAAAUGUACCAGUACGGCAGGACUCACGGCAAACUUCCCAUCAAUAGGGGAAAGGUGCUGUUCCUUGGAGAUGCCCGGCAAGGUAAGACGAGUCUGAAGAAACGUCUUACAGGAGAACCUUUCAACCCCAACCAGGAGAAAACCGAGGGCAUUCAAGCCAAGAUGGUGGAAACCAAGGACAUCGACCAUCACUGGCGCAGCCCAGACCAGCGCUUUGAGUCUGAGUACGAGAGGAGGGCGGCUUGGUACACAGCCAACAUGGCUGCAGAGGGAAACCAACGCAGGGGAACGAAUGGAAAUAUGUCUUUGGCCGUCGCGCUUGACGUUCUUUUCUUCUGCCUUCUUCCGUUGGCUGACUUCAUCGCCCUCUUUUUGAUGGUUAAUGUAGGGUAUGCUUAUUCUGUGAUUGCCCUUAUUGCUUUCAUGGCAUGUGUGACUGAUCUGACGACAGCGACUAGAACGGGAACAGGUAUGGCGGUGGCACUUGCUUUUAGAAGUUCUCUAAUUCCACCACUCACGCUGAAAACCGCGUCACAGGAGCUUGUAAAUGUUGUUGGACCGAGAGCGUGUUACCCUGUCCUUGGCUUGUGCAUUGUAAUAUGUGCUUCUGCUGGUACGAUUCUCUUGGGCUUUGGUCUUCGACCCAUUAUGGGUAUCGUUCUCUGUCUGAUGUGUUCUCCUACACAGGUGUCGGAUGUUGGUGCAUUAUCCUGGUCUUGGUUUGUGUCGGAACUAGAAACUGAUAUUGACAUGGUUACUUCAAACGCUCUGUUUACCGUGGGUCUUUCGGCAGGCAUCAUCACAUAUCAGUACUGGGGUUUCCUUUCUAGCCGACUUCCUAUCCGCCUUCGGUUCUCUGGUCAGACCUGUCUGUCACUUUUCGUUGCCAGCAUUUCUCUGAGUAGUUCCAGCUCUAUCUCGGAACCAGUCCUCAUGCUGUACUGCGGUUUUUGCACAGCUUUUGGAGCCUGUCACGGGUUGGUAACAGGUCGUGUUUGGUCUGCCAUGGUGCCGGUCCGUUAUCUUUACUUAAAAUGCUGCGGUGAAGUCCUUGGUGGCGUGCUUCUAUCUCUGGGCUUCGGUCGCGCCGUUGGGUGGCAGCUGGCAACCGUGGACAGCAUUUCCUACUUUGCUGUCUUUACUGCGAUGGUAUUGCUGCUUAUAGAAUGUUACCAAUACUACCAGUACUAUCUGAGCAUCCCCGUUACACUGAUCGACGAGUCCAUGCGUGAGAAGGAAAAUGGGGCGAAGUCGUUCCCGACUAACCUGACGCUGAUGGACUUCGCAGGUGAUGAAGAAUACUACAGCAUGCACCACAUCUUCCUGGCCCACGAGGCAGUGUACUUGCUUGUGUUCAGUAUGACUGAAGCUGUCCGAAAUCAGAACAGAACGCUAGACCGCCUGCUGUUCUGGCUCCAUUCCGUGAGGACACACGCCAGUAGCGAGGACUGUGCGGUGUUCCUCGUAGGAACACACCGAGACAGCGUGACUUCCCUCCAAAGACAAGAGAUCGCCACGUUUCUUGCCGAGCACCUGUACGAUUCGACUGGAUUUUCGUCACUGCUUGUUCUAAAUGCUGACCACACCCCCUUGUUUCCUGUCGAGAACUCGAAGCCUGUCGAUGAAGACAUGAUCUGCCUGCGCGACGCCAUUUGGACCAUGACCCAACAGGCCAACUACGCACGGAGACAACUUCCCAUCAGAUGGCUCAAGUUCUUGGAAGUCGUCAAGCAGAUCGAAAAACCCAUCGUGUCCUUGGACGACCUACGGCAGGAGUGUUCUCACAUCGGUCUAGAAGAUGAAGACGAAUUCCACGACAUUCUGACGACUUUCGACCAAGCGGGCGACAUCAUCUACCAAGCAAACGAUGAAACCUUGAGGCGCUACGUUGUGCUGGACCCACAGCUUCUUGUUGAUGCCAUGGCCAAGAUAACCUGCCCACAGCCGACUCACUUUGGCAUGCCCAAAUAUGUCGAACAUUCCACUCUGCUCGAAAAGAAGGGGAUCGUUCGCGCUGACUUCAUCCACAAUGCGGUUGCCCAACUCAACAUAGACCAGCCCUCAAUACUGCUGAAGCUGCUUGUGGCGUACGACAUGUUGUGUCCCUUGGGAGAGGACACCAGCGGCGACCCUGGGCACACAACAUACCUGGUUCCCAGCAGGCUACCAGAAUACAAUCCCAAACUGCAUCGUCGCCUCUCGGAACGCCACGACGAUGAUCAAGUCUUUUACAUCGACUUUGAGACGUUCAAGCCCGACGUCGUGUACACUAGAGUUGUAGCAAGGUGUCUCGCUCUGUGUAAAGUAGAGGAGAGAACGCACACGCGAACCCACGUCUUCCGAAACGUGGGGUGUUUCAACAUGGACAGCCGCUUCUGGUUCACCGUGGAGUCGCUGAGACCAGCUCCCGACCAAAACGUCCUCAAGAUAACCGUGACGUCAGCGACAGGCAGCAACCCCUUCGACCUGCUCGGGACGCUUCACAACAUCCUGGAGGCCAUCCGGCGCCGGGAUUUCCCCAACAUGUCCUACACCAGUGGAGUCUGCUGUCCUUUCGAGGCGCCACACUCGGAAUACUCGGAGCCAGAGAGAAUCCACGUGCUUAAGUUAGCGGGAAGCGGAGAGACGUUCCCGAAGGAAAGCCAUCCCCUGAUGUUCCUGUGCUGCGGUCGGGAGCACCAGGUCGUGCGCUCAAUCGUAGGGGCGCUGGCACAGAGAAACGGGGCGUUGAGUACAGCAGCAGCUCUCCCUCCUGCUGGACCCCCGCGGGUCCUCGGGAACGACUGGCAGGGGCUCGCCGACCACCUGGGCUACGGCGUGACGGAGAUCCUCAACUUCCGACGGAAGGAAAGCCCAACGAUGGCGCUUCUCCUCGACUAUGGAACCAAGGUGGAUAAAGUGGAAGCUGCGAGAACUAUCAUGGAAGGUCUGGAGCUGCUGGGUCGUCUGGACGCUGUCGCCGUGAUGACCGCACACCACAAAUAUACGAAUUGUUGCACCACCUCUUUUCUUCAGCUCAGUAACAUGCUCGAACUCUACAGGUGUACAAAUCUAGAUCUCCGGUCUGUCAUGGGGAAGGUACUGGGGAAGUCCCGCGGCGCAGACAGGACGUCCUCCGCCGAAGGCACGCCCGUCCCCGGUAGCGUGUAUGUCGAUGACGACAAGAUGAAGGCUACCUUCAAAAUGUACCAGUACGGCAGGACUCACGGGAAGCUUCCCAUCAACAGGGGAAAGGUGCUGUUCCUUGGAGAUGCCCGGCAAGGUAAGACGAGUCUGAACAAACGUCUUACAGGAGAACCUUUCAACCCCAACCAGGAGAAAACCGAGGGCAUUCAAGCCAAGAUGGUGGAAACCAAGGACAUCGACCAUCACUGGCGCAGCCCAGACCAGCGCUUUGAGUCUGAGUACGAGAGGAGGGCGGCUUGGUACACAGCCAACAUGGCUGCAGGGCAAAAUCAGACCAGAGAAGCGGACAAAAAGAUGCCUUCGCCUUUGGCCGUCGCGCUUGACGUUCUUUUCUUCUGCUUCCUCCCAUUGGCUGAAUUCUUUGCCCUCUUUUUGAUGGUUAAUCUAGGGUAUGCUUAUUGUGUAGCUGCUCUUAUUGCUUUCAUGGCAUGUGUGACUGAUCUGAUGUCAGCAACUAGAACGGGAACAGGAAUGGCGGUGGCACUUGCGUUUAGAAGUUCCCUAAUCCCACCACUCACCUUGACAACCGCGUUACAGGAUCUUGUUAGUGUUGUUGGACCGAGAGCGUGUCUCCUUUUAGUUAGUUUGGGCACUGGUUUUGUUGCCACGAUUCCCUUGGGCUUUGGUUUUCGACCCAUGAUGAGUAUCGUUCUCUGUCUGAUGUGUUCUCCUACACAGGUGUCGGAUGUUGGCGCAUUGUCCUGGUCUUGGUUUGUGUCGAAACUAGGAACCGAUAUUGACAUGGUUACUUCAAACGCUCUGUUUACCGUGGGUCUUUCGGCAGGCAUCAUCACAUAUCAGUACUGGGGUUUCCUUUCUCGCCGACUUCCUAUUCGCCUUCGGUUCUCUGGUCAAACCUGUCUGUCUCUUUUUGUUGCCAGCAUUUCCCUGUGUAGUUCCAGCUCUGCCACGGAACCAGCCCUUAUGCUGUAUUGCGGCUUUUGCGCAGCUUUUGGAGUCUGCCACGGGCUGGUAACAGGUCGUGUUUGGGCUGCCAUGGUGCCGGUCCGUUAUCUUUACCUAAAGUGCUGCGGUGAAGUCCUUGGCGGCGCGCUUCUAUCUCUGGGCUUCGGUCACGUCGUUGGAUGGCAGCUGGCAACCGUGGACAGCAUUUCCUACUUUGCUGCUUUUACUGCGAUGGUAUUACUGCUUAUAGAAUCCUACCGAUACUACCAGUACUAUCUGAGCAUCCCCGUUACACUGAUCGACGAGUCCAUACGUGAGAAGGAAAAGGGGGCGCAGUCGUUCCCGACUAACCUGACGUUGAUGGACUUCGCAGGUGACGAAGAAUACUACAGCAUGCACCACAUAUUCCUGGCCCACGAGGCAGUGUACUUGCUUGUGUUCAGUAUGGCUGAAGCUGUCCGAAAUCAGAACAGAACGCUAGACCGCCUGUUGUUCUGGCUCCAUUCCGUGAGGACACACGCCAGUAGCGAGGACUGUGCGGUGUUCCUCGUAGGAACACACCGAGACAGCGUGACUUCCCUCCAAAGACAAGAGAUCGCCACGUUUCUUGCCGAGCACCUGUACAAUUCAACAGGAUUUUCGUCACUGCUUGUUCUAAAUGCUGACCACACCCCCUUGUUUCCUGUCGAGAACUCGAAGCCUGUCGAUGAAGACAUGAUCUGCCUGCGCGACGCCAUUUGGACCAUGACCCAACAGGCCAACUACGCACGGAGACAACUUCCCAUCAGAUGGCUCAAGUUCUUGGAAGUCGUCAAGCAGAUCGAAAAACCCAUCGUGUCCUUGGACGACCUACGGCAAGAGUGUUCUCACAUCGGUCUAGAAGACGAAGACGAAUUCCAUGACGUUUUGACGACUUUCGAUCAAGCGGGCGACAUCAUCUACCAAGCAAACGAUGAAACCUUGAGGCGCUACGUUGUUCUGGACCCACAGCUUCUUGUUGAUGCCAUGGCCAAGAUAACCUGCCCACAACCGACUCACUUUGGCAUGCCCAAAUAUGUCGAACAUUCCACUCUGCUCGAUAAGAAGGGGAUCGUUCGCGCUGACUUCAUCCACAAUGCGGUUGCCCAACUCAACAUAGACCAGCCUUCCAUACUGCUGAAGCUGCUUGUGGCGUACGACAUGUUGUGUCCCUUGGGAGAGGACACCAGCGGCGAGCCUGGGAACACGACAUACCUGGUACCUAGCAGGCUACCAGAAUACAAUCCCAAACUGCAUCGUCGCCUCUCGGAACGCCACGACGAUGAUCAAACCUUUUACAUCGACUUUGAGACGUUCAAGCCCGACGUUGUGUACACUAGAGUUGUAGCAAGGUGUCUCGCUCUGUGUAAAGUAGAGGAGAGAACGCACACGCGAACCCACGUCUUUCGAAACGUUGGGUGUUUCAACAUGGACAACCGCUUCUGGUUCACCGUGGAGUCGCUGAGAGCAGCUUCCGACCAAAACGUCCUCAAGAUAACCGUGACGUCAGCGACAGGCAGCAACCCGUUCGACCUGCUCGGGACGCUGCACAACAUCCUGGAGGCCAUCCGGCGCCGAGAUUUCCCCAACAUGUCCUACACCAGUGGAGUCUGCUGUCCUUUCGAGGCGCCACACUCGGAAUACUCGGAGCCAGAGAGAAUCCACGUGCUCAAGUUAGCGGGAAGCGGAGAGACGUUCCCGAAGGAAAGCCAUCCCCUGAUGUUCCUGUGCUGCGGUCGGGAGCACCAGGUCGUGCGCUCAACCUUAGGGACGCUGGCACAGAGAAAUGGGGUGCUGAGGACAGCAGGGAGCCGCCAACCCCGUCCUGAGACCCCGCUGCAGUUCUGCCACAUCCAGCAGCUCUCCCUCCUGCUGGACCCCCCGCGGGUCCUCGGGAACGACUGGCAGGGGCUCGCCGACCACCUGGGCUACGGCGUGACGGAGAUCCUCAACUUCCGACGGAAGGAAAGCCCAACGAUGGCACUUCUCCUCGACUAUGGAACCAAGGUGGAUAAAGUGGAAGCUGCGAGAACUAUCACGGAAGGUCUGGAGCUGUUGGGUCGUCUGGACGCUGUCGCCGUGAUGGCCGCAAACGUCAACAGAAGCCAGAGCCACGAUGGAGACAAAUAACAAAACUACCUUUCAUGACAUUUGUAAGGAAACUUAGGAUGUUACGUACAAACCUUCUAUCAUUACUUCGUCACAUUUUUGUAUGAUUGUAUGAAUAGAUCAUGCUGGUGUUUCACAGAAUAACACUUUAAUUUGUAAAGAAGAGCUAUCAAGUUACACGUGAUAACAUCUCGUUAAGGUAGGGAUGAGUGCUCCCUUUUUUACAGAGGGUUACAACACACAUGAAUAUACUCUUUUUUGUUUAUUUAGACCAUACUGAUUUGUGAACACAUGGAAAAAAUUAAGUUUGCAUAAGCUAUUGAAUCAUCUAUAUUUUUGAUGAUAAUUUAUGUACGUGAACAUAUCCGUACCAGUACUAUUGCAUACGAGUUGAGCAAAAUUACAAAAUAGAAAAGCCAUAUAUGUAAUUGAAAGAUAGGCUGUAAUCUUAACAAGCUGUAAGCUGCAAACCGACAUCAAAUACAAUCAGGUAUCCAUCAUGUUUUAGAUGACAGGAUAGAUUUUUCUAGAUCAAAUGCCGAUAACCUUUGCUUUGAAUGUUCCUUCAAGUGCCAAUAUGGCGCACUUCAUAAUCAUUCAAGUCUUAUUGAAACGUCUUGAAGACUGUCAGACGUUGAUUGGAAAGGUGGUGCUAUUUCUCAACUUGUAGAGCAAACAACAAGGAAUAUAACAUUCCAACCCAUUUCACACAACGUCCACACCACCACUACCAUUUUGUCUUGCCCCAUAUUUUCUCGCUGACGAUGUCAAACUUCCUCCCGCCGGCCGCGAACCGAGUCCCCUCCACCCGUGACACCGACUGCAGGGUCUCCCCGCGGAUACCACUGCCGUCCAUGCAGCUCUCGGACACGUGCAUGUACACAACCUGACAAACACAUUCACCCUGUCAGACAGCAGCGUUUAGGGGCUAGCUAUCAAAUGACAAUGUAGUUUAAGUUUUAUAACAACUAAUUAUUGUUGUAAAUUUGUAUUUUAAGUUUUCUAAGGCAUCAAUGGUGCUAUGGUGUAUUGUUUCUGAUGUAGUUGUGUGAAUAAAUUUAUCAAUUUACUAAAUGAUGAUACAAGC